AUGCUCCGAAUCCUCAUACCCGUGCUCGCCAUUGUCGGCGCUUUCGCAUCCGGCGUCGAACAAACACUGGAAAGCCGCGCUGAACUCAGCUCCCGCCUCUCCCUCUUCAACACAACCCAGCUAUCCUACCUGUGGGGCCACAACAAAGUUCGCGCCACACAUGCUGCUCCAGGCCUGGUUUGGAACGACACUCUCGCGGACCGCGCGCUGGCCUGGGCGAAUCAGUGCCAGCUAGAGCACUCUGGCGGUAAUCUUCUCGACGGAACGCCGUACGGCGAGAACCUCGUCGCCGGGACAGGCAACUUCCCCAUCGAGGACGCUGUCAAGCAAUUCGCGCAAGAUAGAGACUUGUAUGACCCCUCGUUCCCCACAUAUAACCACUGGACACAGGUGGUAUGGCGAGACACACGAAGCCUAGGUUGUGCUUCUGCCCAGUGCUCAGGGCUGUUCGAAAGCAAACUUGGGCCCGCAAGCUACUAUGUGUGCUUGUACUACCCUCCUGGAAACGUCAUCGGGCAAAUUUCCGACAACGUCAAAGCUUAG